AUGGCAAGAUUUCAUUCUGAAUUGUACACAAAAUGCUUGGAAGACCGAAUUCAGGAGCUGGCCAAAAAUGACUUGGUGAGCGUUUUCUUGGAAAGGGGACCAUUUAUUGCCUCCCACGGAUUUUUCUCUUGGGAUCAUUCCGUUUUCUGUCGGAUGUUGUCUGUUGCUGUCACUUGGUUCUUCAUCAUAAUUCAGUUUACAAUGAGUGAGAGAUACAGGAAUAGGCAGUCCGUUCCAACUUAGAUGGACCUGUUCCUGGUAGGACGUCGGAUAACGUUGACGAUGAUGCAAAGAAUGAUGAGUCGAAGAAUAACAAGAACUAAUGUUCGCCAAGAGGUCGAAAUUCGACUACAUUCAUCAUUGAACGUUCAAGGAAAAGAUAAAUGAAUUUGCAUCUUUCCAACAUUUUUUUUUUCUACUCUUCCAU